AUUUAAUACUACCCGGAACAAGACACGGUUGGUCAGAUUUACUGGAUCAGGUGAAUAUUUUCCCGGGGAGGGCGGGGUGAUCUAUCGGAUCGAGUUCCCGUCUCGCUCGACUGAAGCUGCGAUAUAAGUAAUAGGCUUAUAGCGACUUCCUCAAAGUUAUAGGACGGACGAUACGUAUUUGUAGCAGAUACAGCACCGACUAUGACUGAGUCGGUGCCAGCCGUGGAGAGGGUGGAGCUUUCGGAGGCCCUCGGGAAGGUUGGUGCUCUUCAUGGUCUUCUCCAUCAUGGGGACCCUCCCAGCAUUGAGGGUAUGUCGCUCUCCAUUCAGUACCAGGUGAACUUUGACACCAACUUUGAGGACAGGAAUGCUUACGUCACGGGGGUAGCGAGGUACAUUGAAGAAGCAACGGUCCAUGCUGACAUGAACAAGCUGAUAGAAGAGGCACAAGAUUAUGCCGCCAUGCUUUACACAUGGAGAUGCUGUUCCCGUGCAUUACCACAGAUUGCGAGCAACGACCAGCACAACCGAGAACAGAUCAACACGACGAUCAUGGAGGUUCUGGAGCCGCUCGUCUCUAAGCUGCUAGCCUUUAUGAAGUUUACAACAGAAAGCAUUAAAAGAUUUGGAGAGGAGAUAAAGCGACUAUGUCACCCUGGACGGAAGAACGAUUUCAUUUCUGAGGCUUACCUUCUGACUAUAGGAAAGUUCAUCAACACCUUCGCCGAGCUCAACGACCUCACCAACAUGAAAGCCAGUGUUAAGAAUGACUAUACGGCCUAUAGAAGAGCCGUACAAAGCUUAAGAAUGAUGAUGGAUCCACAGAAAAUGACUGAGUCCCAGAAUCUGUCGAUGUUUUUGGCGACUCAGAACAAAAUCCGGGACCUGCUGAAGGAAGCCCUAGAAACGACCCCUGGAUACGAGGAGCUGCUGGCUGACGUCGUUAAUAUCUCCGUACACAUGUACGAUAACAAACUCUUUCUGGAACCGGGAGAGAAAAGCAUGUUAGUCAAGGUGAUUGCAUUUGGACUGUUUCUUAUGGACAGUAAAGACAACAGUAUUUAUAAAAUGGACAGUAAGAAGAGAAUCAAUCUGUCCAAAAUAGACAAAAUUUUAAAGCAAAUGGAGGUUGUCCCUCUGUAUGGUGAUAUGCAAAUGAAACCUUACUCGUACAUCAUGAAGAGCGUUAACUUUGACUCCUCCAAGUGGAGCCAUUGUGAAUCGAACCAGCCGAGCCAGCAGUCUCAGAUACUGCCCAGUCUGGAGGCGCUGAGGGAGAGUCAUACCGAAUACGUGUCAGAGUUAGCGCGGAGGAGCAAUGAAAGAAUGACUACAUCUGCGAAAUCCGCGCGAUCUGACGAAGAAAACAAGGAGCUGUAUGACCUGGCACUGCGUGGUCUGACCAACUUGUCGUCAUGGACACAGAGGGUCAUGGAGCUGUACUGCUGGAAGUUACUGAAUCCUACUGAUCAUCACAUGAACCCGGAAUGUCCCCAAGACUCAGAAGAAUAUGAACGAUCCACCCGAUAUAACUACAGUAGUGAUGAAAAGGUUGCCAUUGUGGAAGUGAUUGCAAUGAUUAAGGGACUACAACUCCUGAUGGCUAGGAUGGAGUCUGUGUUUCUGGAUGCCAUUAGAAGACAUAUCUAUGCUGUUUUGCAAGAUUUUGCGCAGAUUUUUCUGCGAGAGCCACUAAGACGGGCAGUUAAGAAGAAAACUGAUCUUAUUAAAAUGGUGAUUAUUUCGGUCAGGGAUUCGUGCGUGGAUUGGAAGGAUGGCAAAGAACCAGAAGGUGACCCCGCAGCCAAGGGUAAAAAAGACACGGAUACAGGGUUCGGCAUAAACGUUCCCCGUAAAAAUGUGGCACCGUCAGCCACCCAGUUGUACAUGGUGAGGACAAUGUUGGAGUCAAUCACGGACCGGAGUGCUGUAGGAGUGAAGAGAUCACUGAAGAAGGAAUUGGACGCCAAUCACGUGACUGCCAUCAACCAGUUCCUAAAGCAGUCCUUCCACUGGAAUUACCUACUGAAUUUCAAUAAAUCCCUACAUGCCUGUGGUGAUCUUUCUCAGUUGUGGUUCAGAGAAUACUUCCUGGAGAUGACCAUGGGUCAAAGAAUACAGUUUCCCAUUGAUAUGUCAAUGCCUUGGAUUCUUACAGACCAUAUCCUGGAAACCAAAGAUCCUUCAAUGAUGGAGUAUAUUUUGUAUCCACUUGAUUUAUACAACGACAGUGGUCAAUACGCCAUCAUGAAAUUUCACAGACAAUUUCUGUAUGACGAAGUCGAAGCAGAGGUAAAUUUGUGCUUUGAUCAGUUUGUCUAUAAACUGAGCGAACAGAUUUUUGCUUACUACAAACAUCUAGCUGGCAGCAUAAUGUUGGACAAGACUUUCCGUGCAGAGUGUGCCAAAAAAGGACACAAAAUCCCGUACCCCACAGCCAACAGGUACCAUACCCUGUUAAAACAACGGAAAGUACAGAUCCUGGGUCGGUCCAUUGAUCUCAAACACUUAAUUGGCCAACGAAUCAACACUUCCCUUCAGAGAGCCCUGGACAUUGCUAUAUCCAGGUUCGAGGCUAGCGAUUUAACAGGAAUCUUGGAACUUGAGAAGCUGAUCGAGUGUAAUAGAUUGGCUCAUAAAAUGAUGAGAGACUUUAUUCCAUUGGAUAGUUUUGAUAACAUGCUGCAUGAAGCCGAUAACAGGGUCACUAGUCCGUUUGGACGCAUCACUCUCCAUGUGUUCUGGGAAAUAAGUUAUGAUUUCUUAACGCAUUAUUGUUAUAACGCCGCAACGAAUAGAUUUAUAAAGGCCACCCUUUUGAUUGCUGAUCAGUGUGAACGUGAGAAAGCACCUAGUUCCUCUCACACUUUAACCUGGGGAUCGAAGGAAUUAUCUGUGGCAUUUGGAAGCAUUUUCAAACCAUAUCAAGGUUUUAUAGGUUUACCUCACUUCCAGUCUAUCUGUCGUCUCCUUGGUUACCAAGGAAUAUCCCUUGUGAUAGAGGAAAUAGUCAAGGUUGUUGAAACUAAUUUGAAGGGUACAUUGAUGGAUUACGUUCAGACAUUGCUCUCUGGGAUGCCUCCAGUCUGUAAACUACAGUUGUACGCGUACGGAUCCCCAGCUAUCAUGGAAUAUUAUCAUGAAAUGCUGUCUGGUGUUAUUCAGUACCCAGAUUUGCGCACAGAUGUUUUUCAAAGUUUCCGUGAAAUCGGCAAUGCCAUACUUUUAACUUUGCUGAUGGAACAAUCAUUGGUUCAGGAAGAGAUAUUAGACUUGAAACAAGCUGCUCCUUUCCAGAAUAUUAUUCCCAAACCGUUUGUUCCAAUUAAAGAGGGAGAUGAUCGGAAACAAAAGGAGCAGGAACUAAGAGAAAAGUUAAAGGAGUUAGAGAACAAGUACUCCUCCCAACAGAUUGUCCCGGUCAUCAACAGGCUCGGGAGUUCUCAGCAAAAACUGCUGGUUGCUUCAAGUGAUUUAUUGACCAAGGAACGGCUGUGUUGCGGUCUGUCCAUGUUUGAAGUUGUCCUCAACAAGAUAAAGGGAUUCUUAGACAGUGAUAUAUGGCAUGGGCAACAUCCAAAAAAUGGAGUGAUAAAUAUAGAUGAGUGUACAGAGUUCCACCGACUCUGGAGCGCCAUACAGUUCGUGUACUGUAUGCCAGUCAGGGAAAACGAGUACUCGGUCGAAGAAUUAUUUGGAGAGGGUCUGAACUGGGCCGGGUGCGCUCUUAUUGUCCUGUUGUCACAGCAACGUAGAUUCGAGGCUUUAGAUUUUUGUUACCAUCUCCUCAAAGUAAACCGUGUGGAUAAGAAAGACGGCAACGUGAAAGGCCAUCAACUUUCAAAAGUGACAAGUCGCAUAAGAAGAUUUGAGAUAUUAAACAACCAGAUCUUUGCAAUUUUCAACAAAUACCUGAAAACAAACGAAAAUCCAGAGGCAGUUCUGGAGAACAUCAGAUGCUUCUCUCCACCGAUCCACCAGUCCUGUGCCACAGAAAUACCUCUCGAGACGAUGGCAAAGAGAAUGACAAAGUGUAUAAUAUGCCUUGGCAUAUUUGGCUUAGUUUUUUUAAUCGCUGGAUGUGUUCUUAUUCCUGUUUUAAAGAACUUUAUAGAUUCUAAAAUUAAAGAGUCAAUAGCUCUGAAGAAAGGAACAGACACAUACAACACAUGGUUAGAGCCUCCAGUCCCGAUAUACUUCCAGAUCUACGUACAAGAUCUACAGAACCCUAUAGAGGUCGUCAAACAUGGCGCCAAGCCGUCCUUUGUAGAGAAAGGACCGUACACUUAUAGGGAGCAUAGGAAAAAGUGGCAGAUAACUCCUCAUGUUAAUGGAACUCUCUCAUACAGAGAAAACAGGAGCUUUGUGUUUGAUCUGGAGAAAUCAGUGGGGCCACACGAGGAAAAUUUUACCACUGUUAAUCUCAUCAUGGUGACUAUAGCUGAUAUAAUUAGGAGGGAAUAUUCCUGGAUUCAGGAGCUGGUCGAGAUCGUGCUGGACUGGGGGGAUGACAGUAACCUGUUCACGACCUUGUCUGUCAAGGACAUUAUGUGGGGUUACGAGGAUCCAUUACUGAAAAAGGUCAAGGACAUUGUGCAGAAAUACAUCAAUACCACUGAAUUUGAUGACAAAUUUGGUUUGUUUUACAAGCAAAAUGGUACAGAUGAUGGGCUGUAUACCAUAUUCUCAGGAACAAAGUCAUGGAAAAAUUUUAAUGAAAUUCAGCUGUGGAAUAAAGAAAGCACUGUUCCCUUCUGGAGUACACCUACAUGCAAUAUGAUAAAUGGAACGGAUGGAACAAUCUUUCCACCUUUUGAAGAUAAAGGCAGAACUUUGUACAUUUUUUCUUCCGACAUUUGCAGAUCUAUAUACACUGUGUAUCAGAAAGAGGUCAAACUUAAGGGCAUUGAUCUGCUGAGAUUUGCUGUUCCACCCCGAGUAUUUCUCAAUCACAAACUGAACCCAGAUAAUGAGGGGUUCUGUACCCGCCCUGAUCUAUGUCUGCCCUCGGGACUCCUCAACGUAAGCACAUGUAGACAAGGAGCACCUGUCAUCAUGUCUCAGCCCCACUUCCUCGCUGCUGAUAAGGAGUUAGUACAGGACCAGGUCAUUGGUUUAACUCCGGAUCCAGAACAACACGGAACUGUUCUAGAUGUAGAACCUUUAACUGGAGUGGUAAUGAAUGCACAGAAAAGGCUGCAGUUAAAUGUCUACAUCAGAAAUGUGUCCCAUAUAAGAGACACAGCUAACAUUGAUCACAUAUACUAUCCAGUUCUAUGGCUAAAUGAGAGUGCUGUGAUAGAUGAUAAAAGUGCUGAAAAAUUUAAGAAAGAAGUGAUGACUCCCAUCAAGCUAACGGAAGCUGUGGAGUAUGGACUGAUAGUUCUGGGAGCCUUCAUGAUUAUUUGCACAGCAGCUCUUUGUAUUAAGCAAAGGGUAUCUAGCAAGCCUGAAGAUGACCUUGAAGACAUCCAUCACGGAACCAACACAUCUGAUAAAGAACCCAUCCUGAAUUAACACAUGUAACAAGAUGGAAAAAAACAUCCUCAAUUGAGGUUACAAAUAAAGAAAAAUUAAUGUGGCAAGAAAGUGUCCCACUUACAAUAGCUCAUUUUAACUUUACCUUAUCCUUGAUACAUGUACUACAAGGAAGAUUUACUGUGCUAUUUUAAUCCGCCUUGUUAUGGAAUAACACUGUGAUACAGAGAGUAGAACAUGUUCUAAAGUAUCUACAUUGUGUGUAGAUUGUUAUUUAUUUAAGGCUGGAAGGCAGGGCUUCCUCAAGAAAUUGUACCAAGAUUGGUAUAUUAUACAAAUUAUAAAUACACUUAUUUCUAAUUUUGAUUAUAAAGUUAGAUCAUUAAGAAAGGUAUUGAAAUCUUUCUCUUUCUUUAUUGUUUAUAUUUCUUUUCUGCUGAGAUCAUGUUGAAUUAUAGAGUAUAUUUCUUGAAAAUAGUUUUUUGUUAUUUUAAAAUUGAUCAUUACCGAUAUGUAUGAACAAAUGUGGAAAGGACUUAUAUAGGCAGUGCCUGCUGUCCAAUCCCAAUAUGUUAAUUCAUAAAAUAUUGUUUAAAUUAAAAAAAAAAUGUUUGAACAAAUUGUUUCAUAAUAGUAUUUUGGUCUCUAUAAUGCUGAGUAAAAAAUUUGUCACAAAGUUUAAAACCUGCUGAUAAACUAAAAUAGAGAUUGAAUUUGGUGCUGAAGUUUGUCUGCCAUUGUUUGUUGUGUGUGAGUGUUUUAAAGCAUGUUGCAACGUAUAUAUAUCUUUUUAAUAUAUGUCCAUGACAUUCCUGCAGUACUCAUGGUAUAAUUAUAUCCUUGAGGCUUUUUUGUGACUAAAUCUUAUUUUUUUUAUAUACAUAUGUGUUUUAGUGACAUGAUAAUUAACAAGAGCUUUUCUAGAUAUACAUAAGUUACACAAAUAUUGCACCUUUUAUAUUUCCAAAUGCUUGUAACCAUGGCUUUAAUUGAAGCAUUGGUUCUCUCUCUUUUUUCUUUAUAUCAAAACCAUAACUAUUGUUUAUUUAACUAACCAUCUCCAGUAAUAAUGAAGAAUAAUUUUUCACAGAGUAAAAAAAAAAAUGUCAGGGUUUGUAUAUGUGAAAAUGAGUUAUGUUUAAAAGGUUAAAAUCGACAUAUAAUGAUUCAGAUAGACCUUGAUGACAUUCUAAUAUCCAAAUGAUUUAAAUGCGACUAAUUAAACGUGAUUUUUUUUCAUUUAAAGAGAAUAUACUCAGAGCACCUUUUAUAUGCUGUAUGUACUAUAUUAAGUGUACUGCUUCUUGUGACAUUCUAGUCAAUAUGAUAUUUCACUUUCAGUUAAAAGCUAUACAUGUAAUUAAUAAUAUAGGACAAAUACUGUAGUUUCAUCAAUUUUUGUUGAGCACCAAUUUUAGAGGAUUUCGUUGUUGAGCAGAUUCACGAAUUUAAAUGUUCAUUGAAUUAAGAAAUAUAUUAUUCCUUUGUAUAGGCAAUGUUUUUAUCCAUGAAAUUAUGUAUUCUCAAAAACGUGUUUUACAAAAUCUACUAAAAAUGACGGCAACAGAAAUUAACGAAACCACAAAAAAGAGAAUGUAAUUACAUUUGUUUCAUAAUUAUAGGUAAAGAAAUUUGUUAGAGUCAUGUUUUGAAGAAAACAGAGACAUAUAAUCGAUCUAUUAUAGUCUUUGAAGAAAAUCAUUAUUUUUUUUUUUCAUUUUCAACACAAGGAAUUGUUAAGUGUUUUUCAGUACCAUUGCAGGCUGGUAUAUUGAAAAUAUUUUUAUUAGAUUUUUCUUUUAAAAAACGACAAAAAAAGUUUAAGACAGAAAUCUUUGUGUCUCUUCAUUUAGAGAUGUUUUAUAUGGUCAUUUUGAUGUAUGAUAAAUAAUUACUGCUGCUGUAAUAUUAAAAAAAAAUUCUGAAAUAAAUAUCUACAGGGCAUUGUAAAAAUUGA